AUGGGGGACAACAGUGAGACUACCAACAACGCCGCACCAGCCCACACCAACGGUCAGCAACAUCAUGAGCUUAUGGCGAUGCUUGCCACCAUGAGAGAGGAGUUGCGAGACACUCGUGAGCAAGCCGCGCGUCUCGAACAACGACAACCGAGGGCUCCCAACGCAGAACUCCCACCAGCUCGGAGGAACGUGCGAGCCCCCCGAGACCAUCACCCUGAGGACUCGGAGAUGGAUAGCAUGCUGGAACUAGAGGAGGAUCAACCCCCUGAUCCAUUAAACCGGCGUCACCAGAGGAGACAAGACCCUUUGCUCAGAAACAGGCCAAGAGAACAAGAGCAUAGGGAAGUUAACAAUGACGUGAAACUAACUCCUCCCACUUUUGCAGGCAAAUCAAACCCUGAGGUCUAUUUAGACUGGGAGAGGCGCUUGGAGUAUAUCUUCGAGUGUUACAGCUAUGGAGAGCUCAAGAAAGUCGCGUUAGCUGCGGCUCAGCUCACCGACAAUGCAUUGGCAUGGUGGGAUUGCACCGUGGCCGAGAGGAGGCGACAAGUCUUUGGCCCAAUUCAAACGUGGCACGACAUGAAAUACCUACUGCGGUUGAGGUAUGUGCCCAAACAUUAUCAUAGGGACUUACAAAAACGUUUUCGUAAGUUGACACAGGGAUCAAGGAGCGUUGAGGAGUAUUUCGAAGAGUUCGAGAAACUCAUGAACUCCUUGGAGUUAGAAGAGUCCGAGGAGGCUCUCAUGGCUCAAUUCGUCGAUGGUCUUCAAGAAAGAAUAGCUCGGAAGGUGGAGCGAGUUAAGUAUAGUGGCCUGCAUGAGCUAUUACAUCUCUCGGUGCAAGUGGAGCAACAAAUCAAGAGAAAGUCAUCUCUCUCAAACCGAGGCCUAAACAAUCAGCCUUGGCAAGCCAGCACCAGCAAACCCCUCGACAAAGGCAAAGCUAUAGAGAUCGAAUCUCGAUUCAAGGGCAAAUCCACCGAGCCUCCAAGGCCCAACAAACCGGAACAAGGUAAGUUCCAAAACACUAGCCAAGCUAGAACCCGAGACAUUGUUUGUUUCAAAUUUCAGGGACGAGGUCACUAUCAGCGAGACUGCCCCAACCAACGGGUCAUUGUGGUUACUCCAAGUGGAUAUGAGUCCCAAGAUGAAGCCGAGAUGGAGGUGAACAGUGAGGAGGAAGAUGUGGAGUACCCCGACACUGGAGAGUAUCUAUUGGUGACUCGGAGGGUUCUGAACGUUCAAGUGCAACCUGAGGAGAUGGUACAACGAGAAAACUUGUUCCACACGCGAUGUACAAUCAAGAACAAGGUAUGUAAUGUAGUCAUCAACGGUGGGUCUUGUACUAACGUGGCUAGCAAGUUUAUGGUGGACAGAUUAGGUCUUGAAAAGACAAAGCACCCGCGGCCCUACAAGCUACAAUGGCUUAAUGAUGCCACAGAGCUCAAGGUAACCGAACAAGUCACCGUACCGUUCAGCGUUGUUAAAUACCGAGAUAAAGUGCUAUGUGAUGUGGUGCCAAUUCAAGCCGGGCAUUUGUUACUAGGUCGGCCUUGGCAGUUUGACAAAGCUACCCUACACAACGGCCGAACUAAUUACUAUAGCUUCACACACAUGGACCGUAAGUUUAACUUAGCACCCUUAAGCCCAUCUGAAGUUCACGAGCUUCAAAGUAAGAUGGCUCAAGAGUCUAAGUCUAAGUCUAGCUUAUAUAUUACUUAUGGAGGAUUAAACCAUGCUUUAAGUGCCAAUGGCACUAUGUUACUAAUGCUUUACAAAGAAUGUCUAAGCGCAGAAUCAACAGAUAUGGAGAUUCCACCAGAGGUCAGCUCCCUAUUAGACAGGUACAAAGACAUGUUCCCUGAAGAGAUCUGA